UAUUUUUUAUUUUUUAUUUUAUUUUUGGUCCAAGGUUUUGGCCAGAGUUUGUGGCAUGUUACCCCGCAUGAUGAUACACGACAAGUGACCACUGCAAGUUGCAAGCUACCGCCACUCGAGUCAGAUCAAAGGAAUGUAUCACUCACUACCUUCAAUCUCCCACUUGACGCUGUCCCCCGGAUUUGGUUGGUUGGUCCCCGGGGUAAGCGACUCGACGGUGCGGCUGGUCGCCGAGCAAGGGAUGAGCGCACGGGCAUCGUAGGGGUGGAGGGAUGA